AUGUCCCAGCUGCCCUCGCAAAUCCGCAAAGACGUCCGCGACCUCUUCGAUAACGAGGAAAACACCGUACAGAAGUCCCUCGCCGGUCUCGGGGAGACUAUAGGCUGUCAAGUCUUGUGCAGGGCAGAAUGGCUCAUGCUGUGGGCUGAACUGCAGCAUCUCUGGGCCGACAUGACGACUUUCGUCCCGACUAUUGCCAAGGUGGUGGAGAUGUGGUGCGAUACUCUAGGCAGGAGAUUGAAGGAUGGACGAUUCGAGGGUUGGACGGAAGUGUUUCUUGAAAAAUUAAAGACCGUGAAUGUUCUGAAGUUAUCUAUUCAGGUCGCCGCCGACAGACAAAGGGUCCAGACAGCCUGGCUGGGGCCACGGUCGGCAUCAUUAUUCACCAUCUCACUAAGCCAAAUCGCCCAGCUGCAGCAGACUAUGGGGCAAACCGCUGCUUCAUCUUUCGCGGAGGACUUUGAAUCCAUGUUUGAGCCGCCAUCUUCACAAAAGGAGACCAAGGGACAACAAUACUCAGCCCGUGAAGACGAAGAAGAUUGGGCCGAAUUGGAGUCGGUCCCUGAUACCACGAAAAGCACCGCGCACAGCGUCAACACUACGGUAAAUCGUGUACCGCCAUAUUCGCUCCCGGACCUGAGAGUCGAUAUCCUGCCCGCCCUGGAGACGCUGCCGAGGCCAGAAAUCCUAUUCCGCACCACGACCCCGUAUGUGAUGCUGGUGUCGUCGAACGCACCGAACAAGAUCACGAUAAAUGGUACGCAUGAAUCAAGUCUACAGCUUCUGGCAGAGUACCUGCAGCGGUGGAUUAGGACUGAUCCUCAAGACGUCCGCAAGAUCCCUUACCUACGCAUCAAGUUGAACGAGUCGAGCUUUGGCCUCGGGCUCUUCCAUGACUCGUUGACCAUCGAGCCUUUCGAUCACCAUCAAAGGCAUGUGGUGGUGAAUAUAUCUCUUGUACUUGCGUUCAUUCAGGGAGUCUUGGGGUAUCAACGUGUCUAUGAAACGUCCACUGCUGGCCAGUGGGAGUUCAGGCGGGACAUCCUAUUCGAAGCCUGA